GACAGUCGGUCGCCGUACACGCGUAUCUCAUUAUCGUUUCAGUAUCGUCGCGCGAUACGAUUAUAUACCGUACUAUACGAAAGACACGCACAAAUAAUAUAUAGACAAACGCAAUUAAAAUUAUACAAUUACACAAAUUAUUAUUAUUAUUAUUAUUAUUAUUACCGUUGCCGUCGUCGCACUGCGCUCGUGUCGCGUUCUCUCUCCGCGCUAGCUGUACACCGGAGUAUUCUUGCGCACCCGUGUGUGUGUGUGUGUGUGUGUGUGUGUGUGUACACGAGUGUGUGUGAGUGUAAGUGUGUACGGUCGCGUGUGCCAUCGUCGCAGUCGACCGCGUAUAUGAGUACGCUCGUCGCGUCCUGUUGUACGUGCACGUCUGUCGUGCUGCGCGCGUCGUCCGUACCGCUUGUCGCCGUCCGCGUGCGUAUCCUCCGCUUGACCUACAAUCCGGGUCCCGUCAACGCAUCGCCGCCGCCGUCGUCGAACACGCCGAUAUCUCUCGUCCGCGAUCGAUCCGCGUGUCCGUCACAGCCGUCCUAGUGACAGAAACGGACGCAGAAAAAAAAAAGAAAAGAUCAAUAAAUAUCUCUAUAUCCGCACUCGGUCGAUGAUCGCAUAAAACAUAGCUUGACGAUAUAAAUAUACAUAUAUAUAUAUAUAUAUAAAUAUAUAUAUUGUUACUUGAAAACGAAGUAGUGUAAAGGUACACGAGGCCAGUGCGAAACCGUCGUCCACACGAGCCACCGCAACGGCGAUGACGCCCUGAAGACGUCUUCGGAUUGUCACUGCCGCCCAACGCACGGCGCAGGACGUGCAGCCCGGCUCGAGGUCGUCUUGAUCGUCGAUCGCAGCGACAGCGACAGCUACAACCGCAGCGGUUAGACAACGCGUCAACAGCGACAGCGCCGACAUGGUGGCGUCCGCCGACCGCCGCGAGAGUUUCGGCGUGGACAGCAGCCUGUUCAACCCCCGAAAGUCGACCAAAACCACAGGCAACAAACAGGGCAAGGAUGCCAACGCCAACAAGGGCAAGCAGUCGUCCGACGUGGCCGUGUACACGAUAUCGGUGGUGGGCGGCUACGAGAACCAGGGCUUCAAGCGGGACGACAUGAUGCAGUCCGGCGACGGAGACCUGGCCAAGCCACCGCUCGGCAACAUGACCGACGGUGACGGUGACGACGACCAAGCCAAGGGAAAGUUCAAGAUGUCGCCCAAAGAGAAGUGGCGAAUCCUCAAGAACGUGUCCACCAUCAGCCUCGCGUUCAUGGUCCAGUUCACCGCGUUCCAGGGCACGGCCAACCUGCAGAGCUCGAUCAACGCCCGCGAGGGCCUGGGCACCGUGUCCCUGUCCGCCAUCUACGCGGCGCUGGUGCUCAGCUGCAUAUUCGUGCCCACGUUCCUCAUCAAGCGGCUGACCGUCAAGUGGACGCUAUGCCUGUCCAUGCUGUGCUACAUACCGUACAUCGGUGCCCAGUUCUAUCCGCGGUUCUACACGCUGGUGCCCGCCGGCGUGCUCGUGGGCCUGGGCGCCGCGCCCAUGUGGGCCGCUAAGGCAACGUACCUCACGCAGACCGGGGCCGUAUACGCCAAGCUCACCGACCAGCAGGUAGACGGUAUCGUCGUCCGGUUCUUCGGAUUCUUCUUCCUGGCUUGGCAGACGGCCGAGCUAUGGGGCAACCUCAUCUCUUCGUUGGUAUUAUCUAGCGGUGCCCACGGUGGUGGUAGCGGCGACAACAGCACGAUGCUAUCGGAAGAGGAAUUGCGACUGUGCGGUUCAAACUUUUGCGUGAUGGGAAACCACGCUAUCGACAAUCUGGAAAGGCCGCCAGACUCGGAGAUAUUCGAAAUAAGCACCAUAUACCUCUCGUGCAUAGUACUAGCCACUAUCAUAAUAGCCAUUUUCCUGGAUCCACUUUCCAGAUACGGAGAGAAACAGAGGCGUGCCGAUAGCCAAGAACUGUCCGGUAUUCAACUGUUGUCGGCCACGGCUUAUCAACUGAAAAAACCGUACCAACAACUCCUCAUACCGAUCACCAUUUGGAUUGGAAUGGAACAAGCAUUCAUCGGAGCCGAUUUCACGCAGGCGUAUGUGUCUUGCGCCCUAGGCAUUCCAUCCGUCGGAUACGUGAUGAUAUGUUUUGGCGUGGUCAACGCAAUAUGCUCGUUGCUGUUCGGCACCAUAAUGAAGUACAUCGGAAGACUGCCACUGAUGGCGCUGGGCUUCGUCGUCCAUUCAAUACUCAUAUGGAUUCUGAUCGUAUGGCGACCUCAUCCCAACAAUCCCAAAUUGUUCUUCACUAUAUCGGGACUGUGGGGUGUUGGCGACGCUGUUUGGCAGACUCAAAUGAGUGGUAUCUACGGGACACUGUUUAGGCGCAACAAGGAAGCGGCGUUUAGUAACUAUCGGCUGUGGGAGUCGGCCGGCUUCGUGGUGGCGUACGCGUACAGCACGCACCUGUGCGCCCGGAAGAAGCUGUACGUCAUGGGUGUCGUGCUGUUCGUCGGAUUCGUCGGAUACAUAAUCGUCGAAAUCCGGCACAGCGUCAAGGCCAGGCGGCUCAAACGGCUGGCCGACGACCCGAAGUCGGAGCCGCUGCCCGACGAGACCGUCAAUGAGACCGACGACGAGAAGGACGACAUCGACGACGAGAUAAUCGUGACGCAUUUAUGAACAACGGACUUAAUCGGUGUGCUAUAUUAUAUAGAAUAAACCAAGAUGCUCAGUUGCUAUGUUAUUAGAACGUCUUCAUCACUUUUAAAAUAUAUUUAUUUUUACUAUAAAUUAUGUUUAGUAACUAAAUACGUAUGGAAAUCGGUGUGAUGUAUUGAUUACACUAAUUACCAAUACUGUGUAAUUUAUUACUGCAUUUUGUACAUAGUAUUUAUACUGUUUCAUAAUUUGCAUAGGAAAUAUGUAUCAGUAAAAAAAAAAAUUGUACAUUACUUUUACAAAUAUUAUUAGCAUUAGUAUUAUUAUUUUAAAAUAUCGCCCUUUUUUGUAGUGAAAGUGAUCUAAUUUUAACAUUAACUAUUACUAACUAUCCGUCAUAGAUGGUUUACGUUAAUUAUAUAUGAUAAAAUGAGUUAAAUUAUUUAUACGCCUAGUUUAUAAGUAUCAAAGUAGGUAGAUACUUCUUCGUAGUUAGUCAAUUAUUUUGUUUUCCUUUACAAAACACGUCCAAU